CGGCCGGAUAGUAGCUUUUGAACACUGCUGAUAUUCGUAUCUCGUUUGCAAGAAACACUUGGCAAGAGACCGAGACGACCGCAGGCAGAAAAUAUAAACAAUACAAAAAAAAAAAAAUAGACUUUCAUAUUCAAACAACAACAAAAAAAAAAACCAACUCAAUAGAUACUUUUUUUCUAAAUUUACACACAACCAAUCAUCAAAUUUUUACGAGAUCCCCAAAAUUUACAAAACAACGUCAAAAAAACCAAAACCUCCAAGGAUCUCAUUUCUCUUAAAAAAAAAACAACAUAAAACAGAUAUAAAAUUCUGCAAAGCCAAAAAUUCUAUUUUUGAAGCGAUUUUAGACACGAAACGUGAAUUGUACCAAAACGGAUAUCAGAGAGCGGAUAGAAAAGUUUAACUUUUUAUUAUUUUUUUUUUACACUCAAAAAAAAAAAACAAGUGUUUUCCACCAACCAAAAUUUCAAUUUGUGUAUUUGCUCGCUUUAUUUUGCAAAUUUUAUUGAUUUAUUCACUCUUUUUUUUUUUUUGCUGGUAACAAAAAUUUCAAACCCAGCAAAAAAGGACACUCUAAAAACCGGCGGUUCCGCGGCAACAGGAUAAAUGAACAAAAAAAAAACCCCAAUCACCAAAUCUCAGAGAUAAAAAGUUAAUAAAUCAAAUUUAAAAAUACACAAGUGAUAUGCAAGUGCUGUGAAUUAUAAAAAAGAUACAAAAAAGAAAUAUGCAAAAAAGCUGAAGAGAAGAAAAAAAAAAAAAAGAUAUUCAUUCGUUCAAAGAGCUGAGAUAUAAAAACGGACUUCAAUUUUUUUCUAAAAAGAAUUUGUCCGCUAAAGCUUAAAAGAUAUAUUAAAAAAGAAAAAGAGAUAUAUAUUAUAUAUAUGUACAUGUUUUUUUUUAAAUUUAAUUUGAUUAAUUUUAUAAUUAAUUUCGUACAAGUUUAAGUAGUUGUUGAUUAUUUUCCAAUUUCAAAAAUAAACUCUUUUUUGACUAUAAAAAAAAGAGAAAAAAAACUCUGUUUUAAAAAAAAAAAAUAUUUGUCGAGCUGAGAGAAGUAAGAAAGAAAAAUUGUGCUUUUCCCCAAAAAUAAUAUGUGUGUGUGUGAUUGUUUGUGACGCUAAUACCAACAACAACAACAACAACCAACCAAAAAUCUCGGUAAACAACCAUAAUUUUGAUCUCUGUCAAAAUUGAGAACACAAAAAGUUCGCGCGUUGUCAAUUCAAUUCAAAAAAGGAAAUUAUCUCCUUCGACGUCAUCUUUGACAGAAGGCAGAGCAGCAAGUAGCAGCAGCAAUCCAACAAGAAAAAGCAAAAAUAGUGAUACUAGUAGUAAACUUGUCAAAAUUGACGAAGUAGUUUUCGAAGAAUUACUCAUGAAAAUGGAAGUGCUCUCUGUGCAAAAUCAAUUUCAAGGGCAAUUCGGUGUCAUAGGGUCAACUAAAGUUAAAGACUGGACCAGUCCUCUUACACCACCGCCAUCUCACCACCACCACUAUAGUAAUAGUAAUAAUAAACAAAGUUCCAUCGAUAUUGUCGACGGUCAUCAUCAUCACCAUCAUCGUACAACAAUGUCAUCGCCACAGGCAAUGCAUAAUUUAAAUCUUAAUCAUCAUCACCUAAAUCAUCAUCAUUUAAAUCAUCAUCAUCAUCAUCAUUUAAAUCAUCACCUGCAAGCUACAACAAACAAAUUAUCUAGAACUAAUAGGCAAACAACAAAUUACAGUGAUAAUAAUAUUAAUAAUAGCAGUAGUAAUAUUACAACAAACGCUACAAAUUUAAGUUCUAGCAAUAAUACAUAUAAUACAAUUACAAAUAAUAAUGAUAAUUCAACCACCAAUUCUAAUAAUAUUACCACCAAUCCCACCAUCAGUGGUAGCCAAAUAACAACAACAACAACAAAUUCAACAACAACAACAACAAAUAAUCGUUACAAUAGUAAUUUAAUAUGUAUGACCGAUGAUGAUGCAUCUGUUAAUGCAUUAUCAAUACGUUUGCAAAGUGAACUGCGUGCGGCUAAGAGUCGUCAUUUAGCAUGUACUGAAGUAUCAUUACCAUGGGAUUUAACACCUAGAAUAGCAGCGGAAAUUAUUCGAGUAUCGGAAAAGGAACCAUGCGGCAUUAGGGGUUGUACAAUUUAUAUUGAAUUUGAAGAUGAGCCAAGUAAUACAAGGCGAAUUGCAUCGAUGAAAGUAGAUCCUAAUACAGUACCUACUUUUGAGCUGUAUUUAACAUUAAAACACGACAAAAGUGGCUGGACAUCACUAUUGCCGCAAUUUAUUAAAAAUCUUACUAAAAGCAGUACAAUUUUGAUAAGUCCUGACUUUUCAUUAACCAAAAAUAAAUUGUAUCACAGUUCGUCAGAGUAAGAUUUUUAAAAAAAUAUUUUGUCACACACAACAAAAAAAACAAACACACUCAUUUUUAAAAAGUAUCACUACUAUAAUAAAAAAUAUAAUAAUAUCUCCAUCCUGACCCACUCUUUCUCUCUACAAAAUAAAAAAAAAAAAAAAAAAACCAUCAAAAAACAACAAUAAGAGAAAAUAAUAAUUUCAAAUCCCUCCGAAUGUUUAUCUUAUCUUAUUACAACAAAAAUAAUAUAAAAUAAUAACGCGCGCAAUCAAAAAAAAACAAAACAACAACAAAGAAAAUUAAAAGCUUUACUUGUUUUUUCAUCAUCCCCCCGAUCAACGAAAUAAGUAAAAAAAACAUCAACAAUAAACCCAGUUAAAAUAUAUAAAAUAAAAUAUCUUCUAUAUUAUACAAAAUACAACCCAAAAGCCAUUCAGAGGCCGAAUGAAAAAAACAAAAAAUAAAUGUGAAAGAAAGAAACAACCAACAGCAGUAACAACAGCAUCAACAUACAAAAAGUGGCAACACUUAUUUGAAAAACAAAAAAAAACCAACAACAACAAAGUGAAAAAAAAAAAAAAAAAAAUAUGUUCAAGGUAUUUUUUCCAAUAAAAAUCCUUAAAUUUUCGUAUUUUUAAGUAUUAUCAUCAAAAACAAAGGUGAUGUGAUAUUAAUAAUAUUAUUAAUCUAUAAAAAAAAAAACAUUUUUUACAUACAACAUUAUUGCAUAAAACAAAAAAAAAAAAUUAUUAAAUUAUUAAGUUUCAUUAAAAAACUUCUUCGGCUAUUUAAAAAAAAAAAAAUUAAAUUCUAAGAAGCAAUACCAACACACAUUUAACAAAAAAGAUAUUCAUUCUUUUCAUCUUUUUUUCUCUUCUUCUUAGACAUUUCUUAUUUCGAUUUUUUGAUAAAUUCGUUGUAAUUUAUUUCCUUUUUUUUAAAAAAUUUUUUCUAAUUUAUAAAACUUUUUUUUAAUUACUAAAUUUCUGUUUUGUUACAGCAAAAUAAUACAUAAAUCGUAUUAAAUUAAAAAAAAAAAAAAUAUGUUGAUUUAUCUUUUUGUUUCGUGUGCUACUUUAUCACCCAAGUAGUGGAUCUUCUUAAUUCUUCUUCAAAGAAAAAAACAAACAAAAAAUCUAUUUUUAAGAAAAUUUUUUUUAAAAAACUAAAAAUUUAAUCGAAAAAUAAAAAACCACUUACGGCAUAAAGAAAACAAAAAAACAAAAAGAAAAUGAAAACAUAAAUAUGAAAAAAGUCAUCUGUGUUAUAUUUUAUAGUAAUUAUCAUAAAAAAUAAUAAAUAUUAAUUUUUUUUUAAAUUGCUAGGUAUUUAACAAAAAAAAAAAAUUAAGAAAAAAAUUGAAAAAUUUAAAAAUUACCACACAAAAAAAAACCGGUGUUUUGCGAUAGAAAUCAAUGAUUCUGUUUUGAAAUUUAAUUAUUAUUAUUUGAUUUUUUCUUUAAAUUUAAGAAUUUGUAUGUGUUAUUAUUUAAUUUAAUAUAUUAUAUUUAAUUAAUUAAUUAUUAUUAUUAUUUUUUUAUGAAAAAACAAAAUCAACUGUGCAUGUUAUAAUUUUUUGUAUUAAAAAAACAAAAUCACUAGAUGUUAUUACGUUAAAAUAUAGUUUUUGUUCUUUUUUUUAAAUUAAAUCACAAAAAAAAAAAAAAAAAAAAAUAAUAAUAACUUUUUAUUUUGACAUAGCAAAAGAAAAAGUGAAAAAAACGAUCUCGAAUUUUUAUUAAUUAUUUACGAAAAAAUAAAAAAAAAAAAAAAUAAUAAUCUUAUAUAUUCUCUCACCAAAACAAAAAAAAAAACACCUUUUCCACCAACCAACCAAACUUUGCCACCACACCAACUUUUUCUCUCAUAAAUUACCUUGAUUUUUAAUAUAUUUUUUUUCUCACCAAAACUUCGCGAUAUUCACCACUCACUAUCACCACAUUUUCUUAAGUUUUUUUUUGUAUUUAAUUUUUCUUCUUCUCUACAAACAUGAAAUCAAGAGGGCUGUUUUAAGAAAUUAAAAAAAUAAAAAAAAAGUUUAUAACUAGGAGUAGUAUAGGAAUCAAUUUUGCAAAUGAUAGGAACAAGCAAUCAUCCCCUAUUUUCUUCCCUAAAUCAUUAACAAAAAAAACAGUAUUUUUCUUCGAUCAACGAUUUAUAUUAUAGCUUUGUGUCGUUGAUAACAAAAAAAAAAAUUGUUUUAGGGUAGAAAUUUUGACCAAUUUGUUGUAAAAAAAAAUAUUCCUUUCCACUUCAUAAUCUAAACAACUCUCUGUUUUCACAUAAAAAAAAAACACCCUGUAAAAAAAAUUAAAUAAUCAUGUAAAUCUGCUUAGGUGUAUAGUUUAUAGGGAAACAAAAAUUUUUAAAUUCUCAAGUAAUGACUGAUGAGCCGAAAAAAUAAGUAAAUAAUUAUUCAAAAACUCAAAUUACUUACUCUCACUCCACAGGCAAUUUUCAAUAAAAAAAAAAACACUAAAUAAAUAGACAGAAAACAACCCCCAAACUUCCUGUUAGAUACUUUGUGUAAUGCAAAAAAAAAAAAAUAUUAAA